GCUCUAGGACGUCACGUGAUUUGAUGUCAAAAUGGCGUCUCCGAAUGGAGCUGAGGACUUUGAGUCAUCGUUGCUGAGUUAUGAAAAGCUUGAUCGCGCUUCACCUGACCUCUGGCCAGAACAAUUGCCAGGAGUUUCAGAGUUUGCUGCUUCAUUUAAAAAUCCAAUAACAAAUUCUCCACCCAAGUGGAUGGCAGAACUGGAGUCAGAAGACAUUGAAAUGUUGAAAGAGCUGGGAAGUCUGACCACAGCUAACCUGAUGGAAAAAGUCAAAGGGCUGCAGAACUUGGCAUAUCAGCUUGGCUUGGAAGAGUCCAGAGAAAUGACGAGAGGGAAAUUCCUGAACAUCUUGGAGAGGCCGAAAAAAUGAAGAUGGAGGGAGGGACUGAUUGUGUCUGGACCUAUAUCAAGUGACUUUGUAGCAAAAUAACCGUGCCAUGAUCUGUAACAUCUGUAAGCUUAGCUGGAUAAAUUUAUUUAUAUACGCAGAGUUACCAGUUUAUUAGGUACAUAUGCAGGUAUCAACCAUUUUAUCAGGCAAACCUACCAUGUAGGUGCAUUGUCUAGAUAUAUAAUUAUUCUGUUUAUAUGUACAGUUUGUUAUCUGCCAUCUUUCCCUUCUUCCCCGACUGGGAAAGGACCACAGUAGGACCAUUGCUGACCAGGUAUCAUUCAAAUGGGCAAGCAUUUUCAGCACAGCAGUGACACUGAGCUAGUAGUAGUGUUGUGCUGGUGUGUAGAAGGUGCAGCAGUGUUACUGGGGAUUUAAACAUCUCCGUGUUGCUGCUGGGUUCAGAAACGGAUAAAGAACUGAUAAAUAACACAAGCUAUAGUCUGUAACUGUACACCUACAAGCUGGGCCAAGCAGCUGGUGUUUGUAAUGAAGUGGCCAGUAAAAAUACAGUGUUUAAAAACACAAUCAGUGCUGCUCUGCCUGAUACUCAUAACAGCACAACGCAUGCUAUGUCCCUGUCGCUGCCGUGCCAAGGUCCAACCCCCACAUUAUAUCUGCUCAGCAGUGGUCUUAUGGUGGUUCUUUCCCAUUAGUGGAUGAGGUUUAGCAACAGAUGGGAUACAGCCUCUAAUUGUAUACCUACAAAAGUGAACCCUAUGUGGAUGGGGUACCUGAUAAAAUGGCCAAUGGGUGUAGUUACAGGCAUGGCGAACUGAUGCAAGUUCCUGUACAUGUACUAUAAUGUGUAAAAUAUUUUUUGAUUGUUCUUUUUCCUUAAUUAAAUGCCUUUUUUUUGUUCAUUUCUGCUCUAUAUUUAUUGACUGACUCAAUUGCUCGUCUUAUUUCCAGUUAACUCAACUUUUGAUAUCCUUUCAAUUAUUAAUGGGUUCAAACUUGUUAUAACAUUUAAAAGCUACUACUAUAUCUUGUUUGUUUUGUUGAUAUUUAUUCUGUUCCUUUCAAACUUCAGCAAGAUGUAAUAAAAUGUCUCGUGACUCUCCUAAAAAGUAACUUUCAUAAAAAAGAGCAGUUUAAGCGGCACGGUGAAAACAUUUUAAUUGGGGCAAUAACUUCAUGCCUGUGCCGCUCCAUAGACUCGUCCCAUUAAGAUCCCACUUCCACACUAGCGCAAGGCCAUUUCUCCUGUUUAAUGUGAAUUGGAGGUUUUGAGGCCCCCUGACACAAAACGUUGCAUAAAAAUAAUAUUGCUCAUUGUCAUCCGUGUUAAUGAGAUUUGACGUAAUUACUAGGGCCAUUUCUUCUCUAAUUAGCACACUUCCAGGGACAGUGGAGCGAGUGGUCUCACGGAAAAGGAAAUCGGACAGGCAUGCUGAAUGGGAAACAAAGAACGCUCCGGCCAAUGUAAUUAGGUGAGACAAUGGGCAGGGCUGUUAUUGGCUGUAGAUGUCGAACAGGCUUCAGCUAUGCUUGGGGUCCUCCUGCUCCUUCCAACUUGGAACAACUAUGCCUCUCCCCUCCCUAAUACACCCCUGACUGUCUUUGCCUUUGAGACUGUUUCUACCAACACAGCACCAAUCUUACUGGUGUCCUACUAAAAUUUUGUAUUCAGAUUUUUCCAACAUGACUCUUUUUUUUCCCCACUGUACUUCAUUAUUUUGCUAUAAGCUCUGACCAUAGAAUGGUUAGGUAAUAUUUAAAAAGAAUUCUGACAUUUAAGGUACUUGAUAUGCUUUCAGUGACCACUUUAUUAGGAACACCUGCUCAUUCAUGCAGUUAUCCAAUCAGCUAAUCAUGAUGGCACAAUGUAUAAAAUUAUACAGAUACAGGUCAAGAGCUUCAGUUAAUGUGUACAUUAAAUAUCAGAAUGGGGGAAGCGUAAUAUCUGUGGCUUUGCCCAUGGUAUGGUUGUAUGUGUUAGGUGGGCUGGUUUGAAUAUUAACACAACUGCUGAUC